UGUUGUUGUUGGUUUCAAGUUGGGCGGACGAGUGCAGCGCUACUGCAGGGAGAAAAGUAUAAAGAAGAAAGAAAAAAAACGUCCGAAGAAUCUGUUUUACUUACAAAAGAAAUAUCUGCACUUAAGCAGCGAGUAAAUUAAAUUGAUUAAACUAGUAUCGCAUGUGUUCUGCAUUUGCUGCAACGAUGGAACAAAGAAACGGUUAAUAUUUAAGAAAGGAGUUUUUUGCGGCACAGCAGCAGCAGUAACAAAAACAACGGCCACUCCUUUUGUGUCCGACUCCCCGAGAUGGUGAUGUGGUGUGUGUGUGCGCGUGUGAGUUCGUGUGCGUUUGUAAUUGAAAAAUUGUGAUUACUGCAUAAAUUAAGCUUGCGCCGUGGAAUUGUUAAUAAUUAAGAAAGUGAGCGAGCAAUAAAAAGUGAAAAUUCAUAGAUUUUUUUUCUUCUUGCCUUGCUGACUGACUACAGCUACAGUUAGAGAUAAGAAGAGCUCACGAAUAGAAAUACAUAUAUAGAUACACACAUACAUACACAAGAACAACAACAACAAACACAGAACCAGACUAGAGCGGUGUGUCUGUGUGACUGUGUGUGUGUGUGUGUGCGUGUGAAUGUGUUUAUGACUCACGGGCAGGGCCAGUGAGUAGCAACAAAAGUAAAACGGGCUACCUACGGCAACAAAAACAAGAAGAAACACAUAGAAAAUACAAAUCGUAUCGCUGCCGCUUCGAUAGAAUUUCCCAAGUUGAGCGUAACUAAUCGCCUUUAAAAAGAAAAUUCCAACGUAUACAAAGAAAAAGAAGACGAGCAAAAAUGAGUUUCACAAAGUGGUUUAAAAAGAAGGAGCAAAUCUCCGAGAUUGGGGCACCAACAAAUUUUCAACGACAUUUUCAUGUGUCGCGCAACCAAGAGACGGGCGACUUGGAGGGAUUGCCUGCCCCAUGGGUGCGGUUAAUGAACACACAGAUCACCCGCGAUGAGCAAGAUAAGAAUCCGGAUGCCGCAUACCAUGCUGUCAAGUACUAUAAUUACUCUAUUAAAAAGAAAGAAAAUGAAGUAUUUAAGCCCUUCAUUACCGAGGAUGUCAUACACGAGGAGUCCAAAGAGAUUGAGAACUAUGUCAAUUACAAGAACAAGCACAAGUCGCAGGAUCCUGAGAAAUCGGAUGAUGAUGGCAGCUCAACGGCCACCGAAAGCAGCAGUGGAUGCAGUUCCUCCUCCACUGGCAACAGUAAUAGCAGCAGUAUCAAUGAUAGCAGCCAACAGUCGCCCCUGCGCAUCGAUACCCUGGACGAGGUGAUCCAAGAACUGCAAUCGAGUCUUGAGCGGCGCGAGACGCUAAAGGCUCUAAAGAUGGUGUCAGCCGAUACCGGCAAUCUGCAAGAGCCGCCACCGGUUCCACCUAAAAAGUCAACACACACAAUGCCACCAAAGCCGCAGCUUAAGCCAAAGCCACAAGUAACGCAAAAAUUCUCGCGAAGUUCCGACCUUCGACGUGAUAACGGCGACGAUGACAAUGAGCAUGCCCACAAAAUCAAUACGGAUACGAUCAUAAUUAAACCAGCCACGGCACCCGAAUCGGCGACAGAUGAUAAUCCCGAUGAGACUAUUCUGCGUCGAUCUAAAGAAAAGCGGGCCCAGAAGACCGAUUCCGAGAUUUAUGAUGAGUUGCGUGCCAUUUGCAAUCCAGAGGAUCCUCGGGAACGUUACAAGACCACCCAGGAGGUGGGAAAGGGUGCUUCCGGCAUUGUGUUCAUUGCCGGGGAUCUGCAAAACGAGUCACAGGUUGCGGUCAAGACAAUCGAGAUGAAAAAUCAGUCCUCCAAGGAUCUCAUACUCACAGAAAUCCGUGUUCUCAAGGAUUUCAAUCACAAGAACCUGGUGAAUUUCCUCGAUGCAUAUCUGCUAGAACCAGAGGAUCAGCUCUGGGUGGUGAUGGAGUACAUGGAUGGUGGCCCACUGACUGAUGUUGUUACGGAGACGGUAAUGAAGGAACGUCAAAUUGCCUGCGUCUGCCGGGAGGUGCUCUACGCGAUUAGCUUUCUGCAUGCCAAGGGCAUUAUCCAUCGGGACAUUAAGUCGGACAAUGUAUUACUGGGCAUGGAUGGUUGUGUCAAGGUCACCGAUUUCGGUUUCUGUGCCAAUAUCGAGGGCGAUGAAAAGCGUCAAACUAUGGUGGGCACUCCAUAUUGGAUGGCUCCCGAAGUGGUAACACGAAAGAAGUAUGGCAAAAAAGUGGACAUCUGGUCCAUUGGCAUAAUGGCCAUUGAAAUGAUUGAAGGUCAACCACCAUAUCUGUAUGAGACGCCGCUGAGAGCCCUCUACUUGAUUGCUGCCAAUGGUCGGCCCGAUAUAAAGAGUUGGGACAAGUUGAGUCCCAGUCUGCAAGAUUUUCUCGAUCGUUGUCUGCAGGUGGAGGUGGAUCGGAGAGCCACUGCUGAUGAGCUGUUAAAGCAUCCGUUCCUCAACGAUUGCAGUGAGGUUAAGGCUCUGGUGCCCAACAUUAAGGCCGCCAAGAAAGUGCUCCGUCGCAAUGUAUAGUUAAUGUGCAAUCAUCGAGCGGCUAGGCUGCUUUAUCCAUGAGUUAAGGUGUCUGUAUAUCAACAUGUGUGUGUAUAUUUGCGAUUGGUGGAAGUGGAAGAGUAAAGUGGAUGAGAUUCUCUAUGUACAUUUGAUUUCGUUUUGGAACUGGAACAGAAUGCUGAUUUGUAGUCGUCGUCAUAGUGGUGGAAUUUAGUCGAUAAAGGUUUAAUGUGCCCUCGACUAGAUGAUGGAGAUGAUCUUGCUAAUAUCUAUUUCUUCUCUAAUAUAUGGCCAAAAUGUUGAGGAACUAUCGUUUAGAUUACUCUUAGGCUAAUGCGUUUUCCGCUUUUA